AUGUUGAAACAUUGGUGGGAUAAUUACUGCACUGAUGAGAUUAAGCAACUCAUUAUUAAUGCCAUAGCAACGGAAACAGUAGUAAAAAUUGAAGGACGCACACAAUCCACUUCUCAAGUCAUAAGGGAAGAUGCUUGUGCUACUCUUGUUUAUCAUAUCGCUAAACAUUUUAUUGGAGAACCAAAGUUAUUCCAGGACAGGAGUCUCCAAAUUCUGAAUAAUCUAAGUUGUCCGAAUUUAGACAACUUUAUUCAUUACAAACAUGCCUUUCUCAGCAAGGUUAUGAUCCGUCCAGAUUGCAACUUAGAUUUCAGGAAGGAACGCUUCAUCAGCGGUUUACCUCAUCUCUUUGCAGAUAAAGUAAGGACAAAGAUCCAAGAUCGCAAUAAUGGUAAUAUUCCUUAUGGUAAUCUUACUUAUGGUGAUUUGGUAAGCACCAUCAACGUUGUAGCACUUGAACUUUGCACAUAUAUUAAACUCAAACAUCAGCUCAAGAAAGAGCAGUCUUUUUCUAGAAAGGAACUUGGAAGUUUCUGUAGAGAUUUUGGUUUUAUCACUCCACCUAAUAAGAUCAAGAAAGAUAAAAAAGAAAAAUCUCAUAGGAAGAAAUCUCGAAGAAGAGAUGAUUCUACUAGACCAAGGAAAAAGAAACUUAGGUCCAAGAGACCUAGAGAUACCAAGUUAGAUGGUUGCUGGACCUAUGGAAGGACUAGCCAUAAAGCUAGUGAAUGCCGCUCAGGAGCUAAAAAAAAGAAAAUCAAUCUUCUUGGUAUAGAUGAAAAUACCAAGGGUAAGUUACUUGCCAUUCUUGAUGAAACUUUCUCUGAAUCUUCAGGUACAUCUCAUGAAUACAGUGAUGAUAAAGACAUUGAUCUUGAUUAUGAUUCAGACAAAAGCCAAUCAGGAAAAGAUUGCACUUGUAUUGAAGCCUUCUGUGCUUGCGACAGUACACCAAAUAUCUGA